AUGUCACUACUCAAUGCCAGUGAUUUUUCUGAUGGAAUUCCUUCGCCGAUUCAUACACCAAAAUCUAACAAGGAGAUAGUCUUUCCGAAUGGUGAUUCUGGUAUGCUAACGCCUCUUCAAGAUGAUUCGAAUGUACUUUCAGAAGAUUCGAAUAAUAUUUCUUCUUCAAAUUCUUCACCUUCUAUUGCUAUUAUCAAGAAUGGAUCACAUGAAGAGGAUUUAAAAGAUGAUAUCAAGAUUUAUUCAUCAUCACCUGUUCCUGCACUUGCCCUGUCAAAAUUAAUGAAAAAUCAUCAGGAAGAAUCUAUCCGAAACAUUUCCAAUAAUUAUCCAAAUAAUAAUAACAAUAACAACACUCUUCAAACAACACCAAACAGUAGCCGAAGUACUCAUUCCACUCUCUCAAAUGGUUCUUCCACCAUCAUGAUGGGAAAUACUUCACAAAGAACACUUUCUCCCAUUUAUCAUUCUCUUCACAAUGCUUCGUCUACCUAUUCGAAUGUUAAUCACAGUCAGCAGCAUAAUUUAAACUCGAGUCGUUCCAACAAUUCUUCGUCAGGUUCAAGAUUUCUUUCACCCCAAACUCCAAGAAGAUUUAAUCAUUAUCCAAUGUAUCGAUCAACUUCGACACCAAUCAUUUCUCCAAGGUACAAUCCACAAAUGGUUUCUCCACGUGUCAUGAUGAAUACAAGUUUACAUAGUGGAUUAAACUCUGCUAGAUCGAAUAGAAUGAUUUCCAUGCAGCAACAACAGUUCAAUUCAUCAGCAGCAGCAGCAGCAUCAGCAGACGAAACUUCAUUGAGUGAAAUAGUGCAGAUGAGUAUUGAUGAGGAAGGUACUUAUCCUUCAUUUGGAUUCUUAUUGGAUACGUUGUGUGAGAGACAGUUUGAUAGAGUUGUGAAGGGAGUUCACACAAUUAUCGAUGAUUCUGAGAGGGAAAUUGAACAAUUGAAAAUGUGGAUUGAAAAGAAUGUGGAAGAAAUUGAUUAUCUGAAUCAAGUGAAAGAUAGUUUAAUGGUUCAGUAUCAGGAAUUAACGAGAGAGAUGGAUAGAGAAAGACAAACUCUAUUGAUUAAGAGUAAGGAGAAUGAAAAUCUCAAAUUUGAGCUGGAAAUGAAGAGUAUGGAAAUUAAGAAUGUUGAAAGACAGUUAAUGACCAAUAAGAAUCAAAAUUCUGAAUUGAAUGAUAGAAUUGAACAAGUGGAAAAGGAACUAAAGCAAAAAGAAAGACAAAUUAAUUCCACAAAUAAUAAUUUAAUCGAAUCAGAGGAGAAAUUGAAAUCCAAAUUGAAUGAAAUCUCCUCACUGAAUAACAAGAUUGAAAUUUUCAUUCUAGAAUCAGAUCCAACUCUCAAAUUAGUAUUACUCAUGAAGCAAGAAGGUUUCCCAAUUGAUGAGUCAUACGUUGAUAAAAUUAGAGGAAGAAGCAUAUUCAAUUUAUUGAGAAUGGGAGUUGGUGCUUACAAUGUUAGAGUUGGAGAUGAUGGAAAUGGACAAAUUGAUAGUGAGAGAAGAAAGGAAGAAACCUUCUUUGCUGAAAAGGCACUCUCUAAAUGGUUGCAAAAUUUACUUCCUGAAGAUUACAAUCCUGAACAGAAUUUGUAUGAAAAUAUUGCUGAUGGUUUCAUGUUGUGUAGAAUGAUCGAUACAUUAUUUAAGGAAGUUCAGCCUUGCGAUCAUAUUAGAGUAGAUAAUGCUCUUAUUAGAAAUCAAAGAUCAGAUUCUGAUAACUUGGCAGUUUAUUUGGAUUAUUGUAAAAAGUUAGAAUUGAAGAGCUAUUUUGAACCUGAUAUGCUAUUCAAAGUUAAAGAAGCCUUUCAUGGUAUUCCAUCUCUAGCACAAGAUUCCAUGAUAAUGGCAAGAGAAAGAGCCUUGAUUGUUUCUAAUAUUGCACAAAUAUUCGAAUUGAAUAUUAAAUGCAACAUGUCACCAAGAAAGAAAGAAGAAAUACUCGGAAAACUUUUUAAUGCAAAACUGGAAAGAGAUGCUAAUUCACCAAUUCUACCAAGAUCCAGAUCUUCAUCUGUCAACUCAUCUAGAAGUGGUGGUAUACGUCCAUCAAAAAGAAAUAGCAUUGCCUUAACUAACUUUUCUAUAGCUGUUUCUCCUUCACCACGUAUGAAUGAGGGAAUUACACCAAAAUCAGCUCGAUUUGCAAAAGACAUGUUUGAAUCUCCAACGAUUGGAAACAAAACUCCACCUACUAUUCCCUAUCUCAAACCGUUCACAUCAAAUAUGGAUUGUCUUUCUCAAGUUUCAUCGCCACUCAGUAAUGUAACAACUGAGGAUGAUAUUUGGUUGGAACACAUGUUAGAAGAUAUGAAAAUUACACCUUCAUCACCUGCAGAAUCCAAAUUUCAACUCAAAUAUUAUUUGAACAGAGCUGGAUCAUACUUUGCAAGUGAAGAGCAAAGAGAUGAAUUCAUGUCACUUUUGAGAACAUUCAAGUUUUUACAAAUUGAUUUAUCAGAUUGUCAAAAGUUUGUCAAUGAGAAGGAGAUUGUUGAAAUAUUGACAAGAUUGUGUGAAAAUAGACAUGCAUUAAGAUUGGAUCUGAGUGGAUAUUGUCUAAAGCCUUACAUUAGUCUUGUUGAAAAGUAUCUUGCAUCUAAAACAGCCAUCAAAUAUUUGAUAAUGAAAGACUGUGGAUUUAGUGAGGAAGAAAAAUCUUCAUUGAAACGAGUUGCAAAGACCUUUGACAUUUUGACAGAUCUGUAAUAAAUAUUAGUGUAUUAUUACUU